AUUCCAACCCACCUCUCAAACAGGCCUCGACCUCUGCCUGCCGCCUGCAGCUUCCCAGACGUCUUGCCGGAGAAGCCGCCUACGCGGACGCCGACGCGGCCCUACGAAGCCUCCUCAAUUUCUACAUAUUUACUCCAAAUGGGGCCUCCGUCCAGCAAGAAGCGCAAGCUCCCCGCCGCACCCGGUCCUGAGCCGAAGCGAAGCAAGACGAAGAAGCCCGUCGCCGCGGCGAGCAAGAAGGCCAAGUCCGACCCCAAAAAGCCGUCGGGACGCAUCGUCGACGUUGCUUCGUUGGCGUGGCAGACGGUCGGCGAGGAGGACUUUGGUGGUCUCCAGGUGAUCACAGGCGUCAACGUCGUCAAGUAUGCGCAGGGCGUGCAGUUUGUCGUGAGCGACGACGCCGAGCAGAAGCAGAAGCAAAGAAACCCCGCGGACGAGAGCGAAAGCAACAACAAUGUCUCGGAGGAAGAGCCUUUUGAAGGGUUUGGCGACGACCCUGUGGCGGGCCAACAUAUCGAUACCGGCGAAGCUGGCCAUCCUCCGGACGACGCUGAGGGCGCGCAACGCGGUCCAGCGACUCAAGGCAAGACUGCGAAGAACAAGAGCCGGCAAGACGACAAGCAGCACCAGCAGCUGGAGGCCAAAACAACGAAGAAGAAAGCAAACUCGCACCCGACCGAAGAUGCCCUACUACAAAAGUCCGCUGCGCACAAAGCCAGGGGCGGCAACAGCCAGAAUGCGUUUGAGGCGCUCAACGGCGCCGAAGAAGACGGCGACGGAGGCGUCGACGUGGCGGCCUGGGUGGCUCUGAACCUGUCGCCGCGCAUUCUCUCGGCCAUCGCAAAGCUAGGCUUCACCAAGCCCACCAUAAUACAAAAACGUGCGAUUCCGCAGAUCGUCGCUGGAGUGGACGUCAUCGGCAAGGCGCAGACGGGAUCCGGAAAGACCUUGGCGUUUGGCAUUCCUAUUGUGGAGAAGUGGCUCGAAAAGUACGAUGGUAACGAGGAGGAGGGCAGCGCGCAGAAAAAGACGAAGGGGCCCAUGGCCGUGGUGCUGAGUCCGACUAGAGAGCUUGCCAAACAGCUCGGCGACCAUCUCAAGGCUCUAUGUGACGGUCUCCCGUCGGCGCCGUACAUCUGUGUUGUUACUGGUGGUCUUAGCAUCCAGAAGCAGCAGCGCCAGCUAGAAAAGGCCGAUAUCGUCAUUGGUACGCCGGGUCGACUGUGGGAGGUCAUGGACGGAGACAUCAAGCUCCAGGACGCCCUCACGCGCAUUGACUUUCUCGUCGUAGACGAGGCUGAUCGUCUGUUCAAGGCUGGUCAGUUCAAGGAGGCGGAAAACAUCAUUGGUGCCUUGGAUAGGCGGGAUCCCGAGGCUGGCGGCUCUGAUCAUGACUCGGAGCAGGACGAGGACGGCGAACAGUCGCACAGGCAGACGCUCGUGUUCUCGGCUACGUUCGACAAGGACCUGCAGACUAAGCUGGCGGGCAAGGGCAAGAAGGCGUUCGCGUCGGGCAACGACGAGGAGAAGAUGGCGUAUCUGAUGAAGUGCCUCAAAUUUCGCGGCGAGCCCAAGUUCAUCGACGUAAAUCCCGUGAGCCAGAUGGCUGAGGGUCUCAAGGAGGGCCUAAUUGAAUGCGGCGCUAUGGAGAAGGAUCUCUUCCUCUACACCGUCCUGCUCCUCAAUCCCGGCCGGCGCACUCUUGUCUUCACAAACUCCAUCUCUGCCGUCCGCCGCCUCACCCCCCUCCUCCAGCACCUUCAGUUACCCCUCGUCCUCCCGCUGCACUCCCAGAUGGCCCAAAAGGCUCGUCUCCGCUCCCUCGAACGCUUUGCCGCCCAGCGCAACGCCGUCCUCGUCGCCACCGAUGUCGCCGCCCGCGGUCUCGAUAUCCACGAAGUCGAUCAGGUCGUUCACUAUCACGUGCCCCGUGCUGCAGACACAUACAUCCACCGCUCCGGCCGCACCGCCCGUGGCGACCGCUCCGGCGUCAGCGUCAUCCUCUGCUCCCCCGACGAGGUCAUCCCCACGCGCCGCCUCGCCGCCAAGGUCCACGCCGAACGCUCUUCCAGCAAGGCAAAGCAGCACCUUAUCCAGAUGCUCCCCGUGGACCGCAAAAUCGCCACCCGCCUCAAGCCCCGCGUCGACCUCGCUAAGCGCAUUGCCGACGCCGUUCUCGCCAAGGAAAAGGGUCACAGUGAGGACCAGUGGCUCCGUAACGCCGCCGACGAGCUCGGCGUUGAGUACGACUCGGACGAUUUCGAGGGGCAGCAAAACGCCCUCGGGCGCGGUGGCCGAGGCGGUGGCCGCAGACGCAAGGAGAAGGAGGCGCGCGCGCUGAGCAAGGCUGAGAUGGGCGCGCUCAAGGCUCAGCUCAGGGAGGAGCUAUCACGCCGGGUGAACCUGGGCGUGAGCGAGAGGUACAUUACCGGCGGGCGGGUGGACGUGGCGGCGCUCUUGCGCGAAAGAGAUACCAUGACGGGCGGCAUUUUCUUGGGCGGCGAUAACUUGGGCCUGGGUCUGUAAAACGAGCAUGAAAGCAGCAUCGAAGCAUUGCUCUGCAGCAUUUGAAAAGACGCAGUUUACAAAGCAUUCAUGCGCCAUGAUACAUAUUGUACAGAGCAUACAAACCGCCAGCGCCCAUGUCCUUUCCGUUCACUUCCACCAAGCCAUGCCGCCCGGCCUCAAGCCGUUUCGCACGAACGUCGCCUGCGCACUCGUAUCUGCGCCUUGAGCGGGGGCAGGGCCUGCGAUCCAACCCACUGGGGCUUGGGCCGUUCGCUCAGCAUUUCGACGUCGUACUUGAGUAGUAGGUGCGCCAUGACGAGCUUGAGCUCGUGCGCAACGAAGAAUCUGCCCGGGCAGGCAUGCCUGCCUAGUCCAAACGCAAAGUGCUGGUCGCUUGUCGUCACCAUGCCGAGCCCCAUGACCUUCCUACCCUCGUCGACGGCGGCCCUGCGCUCCUCCUCGGGCUUCUUCUCCCACGCCUCCCUGAUGCGGGAGAAGCGUAGCGGGUCGUACGUCCGCGCGUGUGGGUAUAUAUCCUCAUCAUGGUGCGUGCCUUCGAGGUUGACCGUGACGAAGAUGCCCUUGGGCAGGGUCCAGUCGAAGCCCGGGUGGCGAAUGCCGUCCGGGGAAAUGACGACGCGCUCGACGAGCGUGGCAUGGAAGUUGCUCAGCCGCUGGGAUUCACGGAUGGAGGAGUCGACGCGAACGAGAGAGAGGAGUGCGGACUUUGUCCAUGGCCCGCCGACGGGUGGUUUGUGCGAUUGCAGUUCGUUGCGGAGAACUUCGAGGAUUCGGUCCUCUGGGGCGGUUGUGAGGAGAUCAAGCAACCAGGAGUGGCCCGUAAGCACAGUUGUGUGUAUUGACGCGAACUCGAGUGGCAGGAGGUGCUUCGAAAUGACGGUCGGGUCGAGUUCUUCCAUCCUUUGCUCGGAUAGAGCAAGACGGAUGUACCAGCUGAUGAAGUCGUCUGGCGGCACCCAAUUUUUAAGCUCUGCUGCUCCUUCA